AAAGGAACGAAAGCAUCCAAUUCCACCCUUUCAGAAACACUUUUCUUCCCUUUUUUGCUGAGAGACAAUGAAGCUUUUCAAGGGAAGCCCAUUCUGGAAGUUCCUGCUCUAUUGGCUGCUGGCCUGCAGUGGGGAAGGCUUCCUCAUCAAGAAUGUCCGCUUGGGCAAGUGUCUCCACGUCUCCCCCCACGAAACGGAAAAGAUUGGCCUUUCAGACUGCAAGCCCCAUUCCCCACAAUUCCAGUGGGGGUGGGACGCAGCUUCCCGGGCUAUCGUCAGCCUCAAAACCAGGCAGUGCCUGACUGUCCGCCAGCCUCAAGAAUUUGCAGCCGCUCAGCUAGAGCCCUGCGGGGGCCGCGGACACCAGCCCUGGGUGUGCAGCAAGAAGGGCCACCUCAGCUUGCAAGGCCUGGGUUUGCACCUCAGCACCCAGCCAGGAGGACCCAAGGCCUUCCUCUCCAGCGAGAAGGACAAGUUCAGCAGGUGGAAGACCUGGAUGGAUGAGAUCCUCUGCACCGCGGACCCGGCUGGGGCUUGGGGGCUUCACCACCUGACGGAGAAGCCAGUGGUCCCCUGGGAGUCAGUUCCUCAAAGUGAAACGACCCAAGCUAGAACGAGCACUUCUCCAGAGACACCCGCUUUCCGGGGGGACCCCACAACCAAACCUGCUACUACCAUCACUUUGGAAGCGGGACCUGAUAUUAACAGCACUCUCUCGAGGGAAGAAGAAACCAUUUUGGAACCAGAAGAGGGUGAGUCCUGCUCACGGAGAGGCGACAAGAUAUUUCUGUACCUUUGA